AGGGAGGGGAGGAAAAGAUUUUGGUCACGUGGCCACGCAGUCAUUCUGAAAGUAUGCUGGUGGGGGUAUUGCCCACAGAAAUGAAAAAGCCCUUCACAGUGAGCGGCCGUGUCCCUGCAGCGAGCAUCAUUUUCGGAGCUUUAAGUCAACAGGCAACAUCUGGCUGGUGCAUUCAAAACAGGAGGCGAGCGGGUGACGACAGCAAAAAUGUCUAAAGGCGCGGCCUCGCUCACAGUUGAGGGAAGCAGCUCACCUCUUCUUUCCAACGCUUCUGCCAUCACAGACAACUUCACCAUCACGGACACCUCCACCUCCACAGUCCCCCCGUCCUCUGUGUUAGACCAAAUUGCAGCCAGCGACAUAACCUCCAGAGCGAACUAUGUCUACAGUUUGUUUGCAGGACUGGGAUUUGUGGCAGGCUGCUUUCUGCUCUACAGCUUCAUCCAGACAUACAGAGCACACAGACGGCUGGCCUGGCUCGACUGUCUGCUCUGGGCCUUUUGUGGCUUCCAGCUGCUGCUCCUGCUCCUCUCGCUCCACGCUGUGGCCUACAGGCCCGACUAUCUGAAGACCUCAGCGCUGGGCUGCGCUGCUCUCUCCUUCAUCAUCAACACAGCCUCUCUGUGUGGCCUGUUUGUGUUACUGCUCAUGGCCUAUGUGCUAACCCUUGAUCCACCAUCCCACUCCCUGCUGCGGAAGCCUGGGGUCUGUGCGGCUCUGGUGAUCCUGACCUCUGUCCUGAUCGCUCUGAUCCUGGCUGCGAUUCGUGGGCCCAGUGAGGGUCUGCAGGAAACAAAAAACUGUUUCAUGGAUCCAGCCCAAGCUGGUGUUUCGUAUGCAGCAGCUAAGCUGUGCCUAGCUUUUUUGAUUCCCUACACCCUCCAGUUAGGACUUCUGAUAUGCGGCUGUGUCCGGCAGUGGAAGUCUAAAGGACGUUUCCUCUCCGGCUCUGAGGAGGGUCCAGUGUUCCUGACAAUCACUGUGUUAAUGUUUUUCUGCCUGCUGUUCUACAGCGUGGCGCAGGUCAGAGGAGCCCAACUACAGCGAGAGGUGGGGCUGAGCAAUUAUCAGCAAGCGUUUCUGAACGUGGCCGAGUUUGUACUGUUCUCAGGGAGCAGCGUCAGCCUGCUGCUCGUGCUGCUCAUGCACAGGCCGUGUCGAGAGAGUCUCCAGGGAGUUUUUAGGCAGCUGAGGGACUGCUGUCGGAGCCCAGGGCGCACACAGUCCAACAGAAACAUCAUUGCUCCACACAUCGAGAUCACAGACACCCUGCAGGACAUCGAGUCAUAGAGGACAAAAACUCUCCGAUGGGAGACAGGACUUGUCUGAUGCGUCAAAUUAACGACCUCUGAUAUCUGAUGUUUUAGACAUUUUGUUUUAACAUACCUUUUCCAUUUGUUUUUCCCUGAACUGUUUAUAUAUACAUGCAUGUAUUUGUUAAGCUAUUUUUCAAAUGGUGUUUUUUUUUUUAAACAAAAAUAAAUGUUUUACUAUACACCCUCAGACCUGUGAAACAUAUUUGCACAGUGCUUUCAUAUAUUUUACACUCAUAAAACAAGGGUUUCAAAUGCCAUGCAUGGCCAUGUUUAAUCUAAAAACAAACUUUGGCGCCUUUCGGCAUCAAGCCCGAUGAGUUUGUUUUGAGAUGACACGCGACAAUGCCAUGAAAAUAAUGGCAUAAUAAAGGCAUUUUAAUUUUUCUUCUUAAAGAAAAUGCUUUUAAGUAGCUCAAACAAACUCAAUUUGAGAUCAGGAAACGCUCCAACCCAGUCGUUUUCUUUCAAUUUUCUUGAAGUUGUUUUGAAACACCAGCUAUGAAUAAGACAAUUGACUUUUUCUUGGAAAACAUACACGAUUUCACACACAAGCCCAUUUAGACAAAAUGUCUGGAAAAAACCCUGCCAGAAUGCCACAUAGGAAACAUACAGUCUUGGAAAAUAAAAGUCAGAUGCUAAGUUGAGUGCCAAUAUUCUUCAUAUUUUUUUUAUAUUAAUCUGUUAAAGAACAAAGGAAACCGACCAGUAACUUUCCACCCUUUCCCAAAAAACCAACACCAGUUCUAGGAAUAACUGACCUGCAUUGUAUCAGUGCCAGCAUAGUGAGGCACAAAACCAAGGACAAGUAGGAACAUUAAUACAGGAGCUCAGUUGCAUAAGUUGGCAUCAUGUGAAAUGUCAGACCCGGAUUCUCAGUGAGUGAAAAUCACAGCAGCAAUACUUUAAGUCAAAGAUCUAACAUACAUUUCUUUUUCAUAACAAAGUCAGAAAAUCAUGCCUGUAAAUUGCACCAGUGAACUGAAACAAACAGCAGAGGGAGUUGAAACAAAAUGAGAGCCUAUGCCCAACUGUCCUUCAUCUUGUUUAGUGUAAAUAUGCUCUUGGUGUUGUUGUGCGAUACACCGCGACACUUGGCCAGAUUUACUCUGACAUCUGCUUUCAUAGUUACCACCAACGGACAGAGACAAUUUGACAGACUACAUGCAGUGCUAGGAAACCUAGACCAGAGUGGGCACCAACUCCACUACAUGUCCGCGAAGACCAGGAAGAGGGAACCGAUGGCACAACACACUCCGCAGGGGCUAAAAAACCUCGGAAAACGAAGGACUAUGAAAACUUAACGGUUAGCCACCACUAACACCAGCUCAACACAGAAGUGUAAUUUGGACAUGACAAUGUACGUGAGCUACAGCAUCAUCACCGAGUAUAACUUCACUGUAAACCUAAAUGACACACAGGCAGUCGUCUCGGAUUUCUUGCAGACAGCUUCAGAGAAUCAUCAGCGUUUCAUUAUCAGCCUCGUCCUUUCCAGCCUCUACACUGUAUUUCUCUUCCCUGUCGGCUUCAUUGGCAACAUCCUCAUCUUAGUAGUCAACCUGCAACACAGGGGCCGCUUGACGGCCCCAGACCUCUACUUUAUGAACCUGGCCGUGGCCGACCUCAUCCUUGUGGCAGACUCUCUGAUCGAGGUGUUCAACCUGAAGCAGGGCUACUACAACAAGGCCGGCCUCUGCACCUUCAUGAACCUGUUCCAGCAGGUCAACAUGUACAGCAGUGUCUUCUUCUUAACGUGGAUGAGCUUCGAUCGGUUUAUUGCACUGACCAGCACCGUGGGUCGCAGCAUGGCGCACGCACGCCUCAGUUGCUGCCUCAUCUGGGUGUCCUCGUCCUUGCUCACCCUGCUUCCUUUUGUUAUAGCUCAAGCUCAGCACGCUGGAGAACUCACAUUCUGCUUUGCCAACGUGACCCAGAUCCAGUGGCUGGAGGUGAUGCUGGGUUUCCUGCUGCCGUUCUGCAUCCUGGGCCUGUGCUACUGGAAAAUAGCACGGGUGCUCCAGCGCAGCCAGCGGGAACAAGGGGUCAGACUGUGGAGGCCUCGCAGGCAGAAAGCCCUGCGGAUGAUCUCGGCAGCUGUGCUGGUAUUCUUCCUCUGCUGGCUCCCUGAGAAUGUGUUUGUAAGUGUCCACCUCCUGAGAGGUGACACGGACGGGGACACCCUGUGGCAGCACUACCCGUUGACAGGUCACGCUGUCAGGCUGGCAGCCUUCUCUAACAGCUGCCUGAACCCACUCAUCUACAGCUUCCUUGGGGAGACCUUCCAGGAUAAAAUGAUGCUUUUUCUCCAGCAGAGGAGCAGAUGGGCCAAGCUGCAAAGGUCAGCCACAGAAAAAUCCAUCUUUGUGCCAGCCACAGACAUCUGCAACCAUGCGACAGACGACGCCUGUAUUUCAUUAUAGAGAUUCAUUUGUGAUUUUGUCUGCAUUGUUAAAUUACUCAUAGGCGUUUUGUUUUUAAAAUAACAUUCCGUCAGUGUUCAUUGUUCAACAGAUUUUUUACCAGGAGCUGAAUUUUCCACAGAUGUCUCCUCCUCUAAACAGCACACAGACCAGAUAAUUAAAACCCAUAAAAACACUGGAUAAAGCGGUUUCACCAUUAAAAUCUUGGUUCCUUUGUUACACUGUGACUGUGACUUGGAAUAGUUAGGACGUAGUCGGCUGGAAAGAAAACAUGUCCGGCCAUUGUUUAUGGAAACUCUAAGAUUUUACAGAAUCAGAUAAGGAGGCGUAAUUCAUUUAUUUUACACGAUGUAUUGUCAAAUGAAAAAUGUGAUUUCUGAUUUAACUUUGGACAAUUUUUUCGCUUGAAUGAAAAUGAAAAUAAACAGUUUUAUGCACUGAA